CUGAAGGACACUCUCUCAGCUGCUAUCAGUGCAGGAAUGAUACGGGUUCUUGUGCGGAUCUUGGGAAUAUAACAUGUCCCAGUGGAUAUUCCAAGUGCAUGAAUGUAACAACAGUAUCGCAAUUUGGUGCAACUAAAGUGAAUGGUAGAUAUUGUGCUGGUAACUGUACAAGUGGGUCGAUGAACUAUGGCUCUGUACAGGUUUCUUAUUCCUGCUGUGACACUGACCUUUGUAACGUCCAAGAUGCUCCAGAUCCCAGCACUAACACUCCCAAUGGAAAGAAAUGUUACUAUUGUGAUGGACAGAACUGCUCAAACACAGUGAACUGUUCAGGGAGUGAAGACCACUGCAUUUCAAUGGCAGUGAAUUACAACAAAUCAUGGCUUCUAAAAGGCCUAAAUCUAUUUGUGAUUAUGCCAACAUAUCUUUUAGUAGUGUUCAUGGCAUCUCAUGUUGUGAGGGGGAUUUGUGUAAUGAUGUUUAUAAUGUCACCCAGAACAUCAACAUCACCCAGAACAUCAUCCAGAACAAUAUACAGAACAUCACUCAAAACAUCAUCCAGAACGUUUUCCAGAACGUCCCCCAGAGCGUCACCCAGAGCGUCCCCCAGAGCGUCCCCCAGAGCGUCACUCAAACUGCCCCCCCCCCCAUGUAGCACUCAAAACGUCCCCCAGAGCGUCACUCAGAGCGUCCCCCAGAGCGUCACUUUAAAGGUCACUCAGGGCAUCACUCAGAAAGUCCCCCAGAGUAGUAACAGUGCUAAGAUCUCUCAUGAUGCAGAUGAACCGGUAGAGUGA